AUCGAAUUAUUUGCAACCCUGCUGGGCAUACUCUAUACAUAGCAUAUUUUUAUUAAACAAAAAUAAACAAUAAAAGAAUGACUACCGAGGAAUUACCAGCGAAUCUUGAUAAGUUGAAAAUAACACCAACAUACCCUGUUGUCAAAUCAGUAAAAAGGAAUCCAUUCUACAAUCUAGAAGAUGAUUUUAAAACAUCACAUACGACUAACUGUGAGCCAAUACUUAGCGUCAAACACAAAAUGAUACAUCGCUGGAAGUGCAGACCAAGGCGUCGAUCGGAGAGCUGCCUUGAGAAUUGCACGCAAGAAAAGUCUUCAGUCGAAACGGGAUCUUUUGAUUUGACAAGUCCACCAAGUUACUCGCAUGGAGUCACCAAGCCUGCACAAAGAAAAAAUGUUGCACCUACAAAGAAAUAUCUCUUUCGGCAGCCUAUAUUGAAAACUUUAUUUGGUUGUGAACAGGGAAGGAGUCUUGUUCGAAGUCAUAACAUGUUUUUAGUUAACUCAGAGAAGAAAACAACCAGCCAAAUUCAGCCUAAAAACUCAAACUUCAACAUAAGCGACCCAUGCAGUUUCCGCGAUCUGAUCAAUGAAUGCGAUAUAUUGUUAAGCCAAACAAAGAAAUCUCAUUCGGGUAAUAUUCGACAUGAAUCGAACAACUGCAGUAAAUAUAAAACAACUUCCAGAAAAAAAGAAAUCAAUUGUAAACUGUCUAUUAAGGAACGCAACGCCUCUACAUUAUCUGCAUCUAAGAGAUCAUUAUCAGUUUCAGUAAUGGGAACGACAUGUUCUCAGCAAGCUUGUUAUAACACGACAACCACGAGCAACUGUGACGAUGUAACGAUAUCAGAACUGGCUAGCUAUUUUGAUACCAUGGUCCAUAUUCCAAAAAAGAUGUCUUCAAUGGCUGAAAUGAUGUAUAUUUAGUUUUAUAUCAACUAAUAAGUUGUAUGUGUCUGUAGACAUACUCUAGUAAGCAUACAUAUGGACAUGUGUAAAAAUUUGUAUACUAAUAAAAUAAAAUUAUUUCUCGGUUGUUUAAAGCUAAA